UUCAUUUAUUUUAGCCGUCAGUUUAACACAUGUUACAAAAGCAAUAUAGUUUCUGAGUCGGAAUAAUUGAAACGAAAACAAAACUCUAAUUCGGAUUGUUUGAAACUGGAUAACCCGUAUGUUGAUUCCAAUAAAACAAUGACAUGAAACCCGUAAGCAGUAGAUUCACUCGACCCAUUCAAACCUUACAUACGUAUACAAGAAAUCUCUCAUCAGUCGCUACACCCAUAACCCUACACCAACAUGAAACACCUUCUUUAUACCCACCUCCUCUAUCCAAUUUACACCAAAUCUUGCAAAAAUGCGCCAAACAAAGGCUUCCAAAGGAGGGUAUGGCUUGCCAUACCCACAUAAUUCAAUACAGAUUGUGGAACAACACAUUAACCUCAAAUAUACUCAUAAACAUGUACUCUAAAUGCGGGUUUUUAAAAUACGCACGCAAAGUGUUCGAUGAAAUGCCUGAAAGAAGCUUAGUUUCUUGGAACACCAUGAUUGGGUCAUAUACCCAGAAUGGAAAUGAAAAAGAGGCUCUUGAUCUUUUUGUCAUGAUGCAAAGAGAAGGGACGGAGUUCAGCGAGUUCACGGUUUCAGGCGUUUUGUGCGCGUGUGCUGCCGAGUUUGCAGUGUUUGAGUGUCGGCAGUUGCAUGCUUUUGCGCUUAAAGCGUCGAUGCUCACGAACAUUUUUGUGGGUACUGCUUUGCUUGAUGUGUAUGCUAAGUGUGGUUUGCUUGAAGAUGCGAUUCGGGUGUUUGAGUAUAUGCCGGAAAGGAGUGCGGUGACGUGGAGUUCGAUGGUGGCGGGGUACGUGAAAAACGAGCUUUUUGAGGAGGCGUUGUUGAUGUUUAGGAAAGUGCAAGUAACUGGAGUUGAGUUUAAUCAGUUUAUUAUUUCGUCGGUUCUUGCUGCUUGUGCUGCUAUAGCUGCUAAAAUCGAAGGGGUUCAGGCACACGCGGUGUUGUUUAAGACGGGUUUUAUCGUAAACUUCUUCGUGUGUUCUUCACUAGUAGACAUGUAUUCCAAAUGUGGAAGCAUUAACGAAGCUUAUUCGGUGUUCGCACACGCUCAAGAUAAAAACGUUGUGUUACUUAACGCGAUGAUUUCCGGAUUUUCGAGACAUGGACGGUCCAUGGAGGCAAUGAUAUUAUUCGAGAAAAUGCAGCAAAUCGGAUUACAACCCAACGAGGUUACAUACGUUUCCGUAUUGUCCGCAUGUGGUCAUAUGGGAUUGGUCAAAGAGGGUAAGAAAUACUUUGACAUGAUGGUGAAAGAACAUAAUUUGUCACCUAACGUGUACCAUUAUUCUUGUAUGGUCGAUAUUCUCGGUCGAACGGGUUUGAUUAACGAAGCGAAGACGUUGAUCGACAAAAUGCCAUUCGAAGCCACGGCUUCCAUUUGGGGAUCACUUUUGAGUUCAUGCAGAGUUUAUAACAAUGUCGAAUUAGCCGAGAUCGCUGCUAAACAUCUGUUCAAGCUCGAACCCGAUAAUGCGGGAAACCACGUCUUGCUUUCGAACAUUUACGCAGCAAAUCGACAGUGGGACGAAGUUAUACAAACGCGAAAGCUGAUUAAAGAUACGGAAGUAAAGAAAGAAAGGGGCAAAAGUUGGAUCGAGAUUAAAGAUAAAGUUCACGCGUUUAUGGUUGGAGAGAGAAACCAUGAUAGAAUCGGUGAGAUUUAUUCGGAACUGGAGGAUAUAAUCGAAGAAAUGAGAAAGUAUGGUUAUAGAUGCGAGACGCAACAUGACUUGCACAAUGUCGAAGAUGAUAAAAAAGAGGAACUUUUACGGCAUCACAGUGAGAAACUUGCGCUUGUUUUUGGAUUAAUGUGCUUACCGUCUUCUGCUCCUAUAAGAAUCAUGAAGAACCUCAGAAUCUGUGGCGAUUGCCAUGCGUUUAUGAAGCUGGCUUCCAAGAUUACCGGAAGGGAGAUUGUUGUGAGGGAUACGAAUCGGUUUCAUCAUUUUAAAAAUGGGUUUUGUUCGUGUGGAGAGUUUUGGUAAGGGAAUAUAACUUGUAUGAUCAUUAUUCGAGUGCUUAGUGCUUUAGCAUGCAAGCAGACCCAAAAUGAUUGUCAAUCAAGAAAGUUUUGGCGAUGUGGAUGGUCGAGAACGCAACUCAUGAUUCAAAGAGUAUGCUUGCAAGAAUCACAGGAAGGAUUGCAGGCAUGUAAUGUUUCAUCAAAUUUUUUGUUAUAGAUAAGAAAAGGUCAAUGCAAACAUGUUCAUUCACUUUACACA